AUGUCUUUACCUUCAAACGUUACCGUCUCCAACCACGCCCUUGUCGCAUCCAAGGUCUCCCUGCUUCGCGCUGAGAGCAGCUCGUCAGUCUUUGUCCGACACCUGGUACGAGAGAUCAGUCUGAUUCUCGCAGUGGAAGCGAGUGGAAAGGUCUUCACUACCAAGGAAUGCGGAACGGGUACCAGUCCACUGGGUGUGGCGUUUGCGAAGAUUGGAGUCGAGCCUGCGGAUAUGUGUGUUGUGCCUGUUCUGCGGUCGGGUUUGGAAAUGACGGAGUCAUUCCUUACCAUCCUUCCUCACAACAUUCCCGUCCACCACAUUGGCAUCUAUCGCGAGAAGUCGACACUAUCGCCUGUGGAAUACUACAAUAAGCUUCCUCCUACUGACACCCCACCUACUACUGCGUUCAUCCUCGACCCUAUCAUCGCUACCGGUGGCACUGCAGAUGCCACAGUCAAUAUCUUGAGAGAAUGGGGAGUCAAGAGGAUCGUGUUUGUAAGCAUUUUGGCCAGUGAGCCAGGCUUGAGAAGGGUCAGUGAGGAGCAUGGAGACAUUGAGUUCAUUAUCGGAGCGGUUGAUGGAGAACUGAACGAGAAGGGAUACAUCGUUCCUGGUUUGGGUGAUAUUGGUGAUAGGUUGUUCCAUACAUUCCAAUAG